AUGCAAAUUCUUCUUUCUGGUGCCCUCGUGGCCCUCGCCGGUAUAGCCCAGACAGCUGCUGCCUCGGCGGGAGCUGACUGUACUGGAAUAGUCAGUGCAAUCCCAUCUGCAGCACCGGCGAGACCUGUUUGCACUGGAAAUUUUAGUGCAAUCUCAGCCGCUGAUUUUGUAUCUAAUUUGCAUCCCGGUUGGAAUCUUGGAAAUACCCUUGAUGCUGUCCCCAAUGAAGGAUCUUGGAAUAAUGCGCCAGUGGUGGCGUCCACAUUUGAUACCGUGAAAGCUGCCGGCUUUAAAAGUGUUCGGCUCCCAGUUACCUGGGCUCAUCACUUUACCGGAAGCUCACCUGAUUGGACGGUUGACCCAGCAUGGUUGCAGCGAGUUUCCGAUGUGGUUGAUAUGGUUGUGACCCGUGGGCUCUACGCCAUCGUUGAUGUGCAUCAUGAUUCAUGGAUUUGGGCUGAUAUAACCCAGUCCGGAGCUAAUCUUACCAUGAUCGAAGAAAAAUUCUACCGUCUCUGGUAUCAAAUUGGAACUAAGUUGGCCUGCAAGUCCAGCCUUGUUGCCUUUGAGCCUAUCAAUGAGCCUCCAUGCAAUACUGCAGCUGACGGCACCGAGCUCAACAAACUGAACAAGAUCUUCCUCCAGGCUAUCAACGAUGCUGGUGGGUUCAACUCGCAAAGAGUUGUUACUUUGGUCGGUGGUGGUGAGGAUAGCGUCAAGACUGCAGACUGGUUUGUUGCGCCCUCAGGAUUCUCGAAUCCAUAUGCUAUUGAGUUCCACUACUACAGUCCCUACGACUUUAUUUUCAGCGCUUGGGGAAAAACCAUUUGGGGCUCCGAUAGUGACAAGGCUACCGUACGGACUGACUUCCAGAAGCUGCGUGACGCUUUCCCCAAUGUACCUCUCGUUUUGGGUGAAUACGAUGCCUCACUCACCAACACUGAGCCCGCUGCUCGAUGGAAGUACGUUGACUUCUUGAUCAAGACUGCAGCUAGUCUUGACAUCUCCUGCGUGCUGUGGGAUAGUGGAUUGGACCUCUUGGAUCGAACCACCGGAGUUUGGCGUGAUCCUAACUCACUCUCUAUCAUCACAAAAUCCAACAAUUCUACCGCAAAUAGCUUGCCAGAUAGUACCGAGGACGGGUCUGCAACCACCCAAUCAUCGUCGGCUUAUAUUUUCCAUCAGUAUGGAACAGCUGUGACAGCACAGAGUCUUCCAUUUAUCUUCAACGGAAACACGCUCUCUUCCAUCAGUGACUCUACUGGCACGACAUUGUCGGGAGCAGACUACUCUGUCUCGGGUACGAACAUAGUCUUCACUGCUUCGUACUUAUCCAAGCAUCUUUCGGCCACGACAGCACCGGGUGUUGUUGCCACUCUAACCCUGAAAUUCUCCGGGGGUGACUUGUCCCCUGUCAUCCAAAUUGUUCAGUGGAACGCUCCAACUCUGUCAUCUACAUCGGCAGUGGCCUCAUCUGUCUCUGGCUCUGACCUAUCAAUUCCAAUCACCUGGCGUGGACUGCCAACUGUCGCCUCCGUAAAGGCUUUGACCAAGAGUGGAACAUAUCUGGUCGAUGACUGGACAGUAUCACUGGGUCCUUUGCAGCAAGCGAGAGCUACCUACAGCAGCCAGUAUGACUGGGACGACUCCCAUGUUAUCCUCACUUCAUCUGCUAUUAGCUCUGUCAUCUCCGCUGGCCAAUCGACCGUGUUCACUUUCGAAUUCUUCCCGCGGGAUGGUGGUGACGUGAACGCUGUGAAUUUUACGUUGACUGUCUGA